GUCAGUUCGAGAACGGCUUUCUCUCCUUUUCCUUCGUUCGUUGCCUUCAGGGUUUUGAGCAAUUAUGGCGGCUGGGGAAGCGAAGUCCGUUUUAUUCGUGUGCCUGGGGAAUAUUUGCCGGUCUCCCAUAGCUGAAGCUGUUUUUAAAAAACUUGUAACUGAGGAAAACAUUGAAAACAAGUGGAUAAUAGACAGUGGUGCUGUUUCUGACUGGAAUGUGGGACGCUAUCCAGAUCCAAGGGCUUUAAGCUGUCUAAGAAAUCAUGAAAUUGAAACAGCUCAUAAAGCACGACAGAUUACGAAAGAUGAUUUCUUGACGUUUGACUAUAUUCUUUGUAUGGAUGAAAGCAACCUACGAGAUUUGAGAAGAAAAUGCAAUCAAAUUAAAAAUUGCAAAGCUCAGAUUGAACUCCUCGGUAGCUAUGAUCCACAGAAACAGCUUAUUAUUGAAGAUCCAUAUUAUGGAAAUGAUGAAGAUUUUGAAACUGUUUAUCAGCAAUGUCUCAGAUGCUGUAAAGAAUUCUUGGAAAAACCUCAUUGAUGUGGUUAUGUUUAUGGAAAUCAAUAAUUCUGUAAUAUUAGUCUGAAAUCUGAAUUAACAUUAAACUAUGAUAGUGUACUUCUAAAAUA